AUGGGCAUUCCAGUUGUUCCUAGAACUUGCUCACCGCAGCUGCUCUUCCGUGGUAGACCGACGCCACUCCAUGACCAGAGCAAGGCCGUCGCUCUUGCAUCCUCGUGCCGAGAGAAAGCCGGUGGAAGCAAGACGAGCGUGAGUCAUGGCUCGAGCAUCAACAGAGGCCAGCCGAGGAAAAUCGCGUCGCUCGACACGGGGCCGCCGUUGCUGAGGCGCACGGAUCGCGCUCGCCGGUACUCCCUGGGCGGCAGCGGCGACUACCCCCGCAGCGUCAGCGUGAGCGCCGCAGUGGAGCUCAGCCGGGCAGAAUCAUUCACCGCGCUGCACCGUCCCGCAGUCCCUUCUUAUCUGUCUGAUGCCGCUGCAGCGGCAUCCGUGGAGAGAGAGCAGCAAACGGUCCCUGCCAGGAUGGGGCGCGAGGGGAAAGGCAGGGAGAGGGAGGGCAUUGUGCGACGGGAGAGCGAGAGCGAGGGGUACGAGUCGGACGAGGAGUUCGUGAAGCUGUACGGGCUGGUCGCGCAGCACCGCGCCGCAGAGCGCGCCCUCGUGUCGAACGCCUUCGCCAAAGUGCUCUCCAGGCCUGGCCAAGUCAGCUAUAGUCCCAAGGGCGAAACCAGCAGCGCCUAUAGCACCAUCAUGGGCGGGAGUAACAGCAGUUUCCGAUGGGCUGGUGGCGAUAUCAUUUCCACCUCCAACGACAAGACAUGUGGUGUGGCAGCUGCUGAUGAGCAUGAGGGGCGCUUCAAUAUGCCCGGCUGUGCCGAUAUGCUUCCGAAUGACGGGAUUAGAUCAGGUGAACCGCUGCUUCCAAGUCCCAGAGCAGCAGUGUCAGGACCUCUUGCUGCUGUCAAGGGGCAUUCAGGGAAUGCGCCCUGCGUUGUGUUGAAGAAUCGGAGUAGAAAGAGCCUCGAUUCUGCAGUGGUGAAUGUGGCGUUUACUGGAGUUCAACAGCGCCCAUUGUCCCCCUAUCCGCUGCGCCGCCCGCAGGUGAUCUCGCAUAAGGAGGGCGGGGCGCUCGAGGCGCGCAUCCCCGCAGCGGGGUUCUUCCCGGACGGCGCCGUGGGGUGGAUCCUCUGCAUCCUCACGCCCUUCCUCGUAAGCCGCCUGCUCACUCCCUUCCUCGUAAGCCGCCUGCUCACUCCCUUCCUCGUAAGCCGCCUGCUCACUUCCUUGCUUGCAGGCCCACCCCCUCACUGCGCUUCUUCUGAACCGCCCUCUCUCUCUCUCCGUUUCUUGUCGCUCGCUCCUCUCCCAUGCGACUCUCCCGUGCGACCCCACCCAUGCGACCCUCCCAUGCGACCCUCCCAGCAAGCCCCUCCGAGCAAGCCUCGACCAGCAUCCCCUCCCGCCGCAUUCCGUCGCAUGCAAGCUCCUCACAUCGCGUCGUGUUCCUUCUCAUCUGAGCCCCUCCCACCCCCCUUCCCACCUGCUCUCUCUUCCCCACCAAACAGGGUCCGAGUCUUAAUCAAAUCCUCCAACCGAACAAAACCGAAGGGAUUAUCGGUCAUCGUCCCCCUCCCUUCUCCAUCCCCCCUCUCUCGCGCCCAAUCACCCCCCUGUUCAACCCUCCCUCUCACCCGACCUCUCCUUAUCCCGCUCCACCGUGCGCCUUCGCACCUCGCCCCGCCUUCUCACCUCGCCCCGCCUUCGCACCUCGCCCCGCCUUCUCACCUCGCCCCGCCUUCUCACCUCGCCCCGCCUUCUCACCUCGCCCCGCCUUCUCACCUCGCCCCGCCUUCUCACCUCGCCCCGCCUUCUCACCUCGCCCCGCCUUCUCACCUCGCCCCUCCCUCGCAGAUUGCAAUCGCAGUGGCGGUCGCCAUUUUCCUGCCUUUCACCAUCUGCAUCCUCUGCGGCUUCACUGCCGCAACUCGCUCGGAGACCAUUGUGCUGUCACCCGAGCACUUCACCAUCACCACCAAAAACUCCGGCACGACCAAGCGGAAGCAGGGCAGCACGCCAAUGGUGCGCGCCAUUGUGGUGCAGAACUUGAACUCCCCACAGCCGCUGCCACCUCCGCCAGUGCAUAGCCUCGCUGCCCGAAGUCCCAUCCCUCCUCCGCCUGCCCCUGCCGCGCGCUCAGCAGCCAAGCCGCCAGAGCUGGUGUGCAUGAUUGUUGGAAUGGAGCAGGAGGAGUACCGGUUUGGCAAGACCUUGAGUGAUGCAGAGAAGCAGUGGGUGGUGGGGUCAGAAUUUCAGCAGCUGAGGGCCUCAAGUUCUGCCCCCAGGGAUAUCGACAGCCCUGGACGCAAGGCGUGCUCCCGCACGUUGAGUUUACGGUCGCAAGUGACGCACAUUGCGCGCGCAGCAACAUUGCAAGCGGCGAUCCUUCCACCCCCCCUCCCCUCCUUCCCCACCAACCCCUUUCUUGCCUCCCUCCCCUCCUAUCCACAUCUGAUGCGCCCAUCUUCCCCACAUGCUGCGCCGUCCGCAGGUGAUCUCACACGGGGAGGGCGGGGCGCUAGAGGUCGCUCCCCUCCCAGCAUCCCCUCCCAGCAAGCCCCUCCCGCGCAUUCCCUUCCAUGCAAGCGCCUCACAUCGGGUCGUGUUGCUUCUCAUCUGAGCUCCUCCCAUCCCCUUCCCCACCUGCUCUCGCUUCCAAACUCUCUUCCCAUUCCCCCCUCUGCCCUCCCCGCGCGACUCUCUUGCAAGCUAGCUUCAGUCUUGGCGCAGGGCUGGAUGAGAGGCGCAACUCACACAGAGACCAUUGUCCUGUCACCCGAUUUCUUCACCAUCACCAUCACAUCCCUUGGCGCGGACAAGCACAGGCAGGGCAGCACGCCAUGGGUGCGAGCCAUCAUGGUGCGGGACUUGGACUCCCCACAGCCGCCGCCACUCCCAGUGCACAGCAUCGCUGCACACGGUCCAUUCCCUCCUGCCCCCGCCAUGCAGAGUCCAGAUGCUGCUGCCAGCCCAAGGGUGCGGGCAGGGUUUCAGCCAGAGCUGGUGUGUGCAAUUGUUGACGCGCAACAGGAGUACCAUUUUGGCAAGCUCCUGAAAAACGCAGAGAAGUACUGGGUGGUGGGCGAGCUGUCGCACGACUUGCAUACAAUGCGCAUGCACCCAGUGCAACUUAAUGUUUAG